AUGUCUUUGUCAUGGACAGGUCGAACUGCAACUAUUAUCAAACGAUCGUUUCCAUUUAGAACACUGCUUUCAGUCAAGGAUGUUCGCUACAGAGCGACACAAUGGUCGUUUCAUCACACACAGUCUUGUCAUUCUGCAUUCAAUCCAAUUGGAACUAGAAUUGGACUGGGCUUGACCAUCGCUGUAUCUUCAUUACUAGCUAUACACUACAGCAGUCUCUUUCAGGUCGAUUGCUCUCCAACGUAUCAAGGUGUGCCUGUAGCUGCCACAUUUUUAAUUCAUCAGGCAACACCCAUCAUUGCAGAUGCAUUUCCAGGACUGGAGAUCUCUGCAGUGUUUGCUCCUGGACUUGGAGGACAUGUUUAUCAAGAGACUGGAGGUGUUAUGGGCAUGUAUCGUACAGGUGCUGUUUUAGAAGUUCCCAUGUUUGAGCGUUUAUCAGCAGAAGAAGAACAACGACUGGGUGCAGCAGGUAUCUUUAAAGAAGCUGUUGGAGUGUUGCGAGUCACUGGUGACUGCAAGUAUGGAUGUGCAAAAGUCCAACUACGGACACUGACUCUGUUUUCUCUCGAUGCAGAAGGUCAGUUGGAUAGAGACCAUCCAAUAUGGUCGUUCAAGGCUCUUGGUUGA